UCACUUUGACUUUUUCUCCCCGACACAUCUCGCUUCAUGUUACAGGUUUAUCUGCCAGUAACAAUAACAUUAGUAGGUCUAUUGCACAUCACGUAUACUCAGGAUCUUGAUGGAGAGCCAGAUUACACAAACAUUUUGUAUGGUGGUGUUUUGCGAGUAGAAGAACAAGAUGACACGAUUAAAGAAAGCCAAGAUGUUAUUCAGUUUGCAAUCUCCUUUGUGAAGAUAAGAUACCCAAUCAGUGAAACACGAGGGAAAGAAUCAAGAAAAGUUUCAUCUGUCAAGAAACUGACUUUGUUUUACACCUAUGAUGAAGAGACACCAUACAUAGUCAAUAUUUCUGGCACUUAUCAACCUUUAGUCUUUGGAACACUCAGCAGUUUCUCUCUGUGGUGGACUUGUGGUGAAAAUGUUACCCUCCACAAUUUUACAAUCGCCACUUACCCUAAAGAAACACACCAUGUGUAUUCCCAUACCUUUAUGAAAGUUUCCAAUUCUGGAUCAUCUACAGCCAAACCGAAGGUUGAAACAUUAGAACAGAGAAGUAUAGUGGAUCCAUGUUGUAGAAAAACAUGGAUUCCAUCAGAUUUUGUGGCAUACAGUUGUAGGAGGUCAUGUAAAUUAAAGUGUAUGGAACCUCUCAGUGUCAUGACUUACAAUAUCUGGAACAUGAACACCUUUACAAAGAAUGACCAGGACUAUCCAGCAAGGUUCAGACGUCUUGCCAAGAUUUUUGUUGAUCAACAUCCUGAUGUAAUAACAUUCCAAGAGGUACGAUAUGAACAUUCCAAGGGAAGUAACUUGGGACCAAAUCAAAUCAAACACCUCUCAGAUAUUCUGAAAGAUUAUCAGUUUGUUUAUGCCCCUGCACAACUGGACAGGUACAGCAUUUAUAAGGGAAAAACAGAAGAGGGUGUGGCUGUGUUCUCCAGGUUUCCAAUCAUUGCUCAAAAUACAUUCCUUUUAUUUAGAAAUCGUAGUAACAGUGCUGAUCUCCACCAAAGAGUCUGUCUCCAUGUCACCAUACAGCAUCCUCAUCAUGGUGUGAUUCACUUUCUGACCACACACUUAUCACUGAGUCAUGAGGCCAGGGAGGAGUCAGUAGUUCAGAUCUGGAGGUACAUUAGGGGACUCAGAGGCCCCAUCGUACUUACAGGGGACUUCAAUGCAGAACCUCAGGAAAGGGCUAUGAGAUUUCUAAAAGGUGAAGUGUCACUGAAAGGAGAGAAGAUAUCUUGUAUGGUUGAUGUUUGGCCCUAUGUUUAUCUUGGGUCACGCGGCUUCACCUUUAACAGUGCUGAAGGAAAACUGAAGAAAAGGAUUGAUUACAUUUUUGGAUGGAAUCUUGAUAGUGAUUUUCAAGUCAGAGAUAUAGAGAUUGGUCAACACUCAGGAAAAGGACAAGAAGCUGCCUCUGACCACCUUCCUGUUGUAGCAACAUUUUGUUGAAUUCAUGGAUGAGUGCUGUGGAACUUUCAUUGAGAAUCAAGUUUUUUGGAUGUUUUUUUAAGGAACUGAUUUAUUACUUUUUGUAAUAGUUAUGACAUUAUUUACAGAUGUUUUGUAUUUAAAAUUUAAUUUUUUUGAACUAGUCAUGUUGGAAUAGCAAUUUCAAAUUUUUCCUUUUUAAAAAAUAAUUUAUAAAGACUGUAUGUG